AUGCUCGCGGCCCGGCGUCCGCCCUGGCGGCUCAGUGAUGCGCAAUGCCCCAAACACGGCUCGAUCAUGAUUCGGUCGUUUGAAGGGAUUUGCAUCCCUACCAGCUGGGUACGCGGCAUUACUGACAUACUGUACCGUAGUAGUAAGUUCAAGCGCAGGUGGGGGCUUCUGCCGAUAGUGAAAUGCCGUCUUACGCUCCGAGUCGAGGCGCACGAGGAGGGCUACUGA